AGCAGCAGGACUCGGACGGCCAGCAUGAUUUGACGACGAGUCCUGUUUGCGCCCGCGGCGGAAGAUUUAAAAAAUCAGAGAACCACUUUGCCUGUCGCGUACUGAACGCGUCAAUGCACCAAAAAUGCCCCUGCAGAGGAGAAGCUGGAAACGAAACUCGGAAAUGCCACGACCAAUCAUCUACUCAACACGACGAGGAAGCAUAUCGCCACACACGCACACACAGGCACGCGCACACGACGAGAAGGAAGCGGCCAUGGAGGGAAGACGCCAUCGACGAGUUGGUCCAACUCCCCGCGAAAAAUCACACUGCCUUGGCUGCGACAUGUAAGCCACGGCUGCCAUCAGAAAACCAACAUUUCUUGUACAAGCCCCCCCCAUUAAGCAGAAUUCCAAGAUAGGGGUGUGACUGGCGUCAGGACCAGAAGAGCCUUCUUAAGAUCUUUACACCAUCAGCAAGCAAUGCAGCGCGUCACAACCGCUGCUGGGACUUGGCUGUAAUCUGAUCGUAUCGGCAGCGCGACAGGAGUCUCCUGAGUGCUGGUCAAUUCUCUGGUGUGUGUGGGAGGGGCUUGUACCUGCGCUGGGCUGUAAACACUUUGCAUCCUCCACGGCUCAGCCGGUGCGCAGAGUCGAUCUGUAGUGGGGCUGCGGCCGAGCAGCUGUGCGACUGUAUCCAAAAGGGCACGAGAAUAUAUUCAUCCGUCGCAACUGAAAAUUUAUCAAUCCAUCCACCUGACUGCCGUGAUGGUGCCCAUGUCGGUCUGUACGCCAUGCCCCAGCCGCGAGCCUCGAAGAAAAACGGAUGUCAGAUUAAACAGUGUGAGGGUGCAAGUGCCAGCGGGAACCUGCGCCGCUGGAACGGGAGGGGGAAAGGAUGAGAAGGAUACAGAGAGAGGAGGAGGGGGAGGAGGAGGGGGAGGAGGAGGAGGAGGCGUCGCCUGCUCGGAGCCGCGCCUCGCCGCCUUCCCUGACCUGGUCAGCACACGCUGGACGGAAGACGGACGCGGGGCGCGCUCGCUGAAUUCGAGCAAGACGACCAAGCGCGCGCAACGGCAGGCGCCUGCCACGUCGAGGCGCUCCCAGUACGGUCGGGUCGACGGGGGCGAGUCUACCAGGUAGGGCCAGGCAGCAGGAGGAGGAGGAGCAGGAGCAGGAGGAGGGGGAGGGGAGCGAGGAGGGGGGCGAUCAGAAAGAGAGGAGAAGGAAUAGGGAGACAAGGAGGGGGAGGAACCAUAAGGAACCAGACUCGCCAUGCUGCUCGCUCCCCCGAGUGCGGGCUCGUGGACAACCUCCUUAACUUAAGGGCAUCUUUCCACCACCGCGGGCGUGUUGCCCUCAGUCAUGCCUCACGGGUGACCAAACCACUUUCAUUUUAGCAAUGCGAAAUCUACCAUGACGGUGCCGAUGGGGUGGCUGCCAGGCUGGAUAGGAGGUAAUGGCCAGUAGCCCAGCUAACACCUUUCCAAAGGAAGGCGUAGAAGCUGACCCCCUUGCCGAAGAUCUGCCUCAGAAUGGCUCGGAUCACCGUGCCGUAGGUCAUCGCGACGACCACCUCCCUGGGCACGGGCUCCGAGAGACUCGUGCGGCCGAGCAGCUGCUCCAGGUGCUCGUCCAGUGCCUCGGCCACCUCGCUGUAGCUGAGGAGCCGCUCGUAACCGAGAGACAUGGUCCUGUCUCGCUCGGUGGGCGCCGCCGCCACAUACAAGGCCACCCACUCUGCCAGGGCGACCACGCCCUCCUGCUGGACCGGGAGCCCCCGCAGAGCCUCGCGCGUGGAGGCCUCGUAGCGCGGCAGCUCCUCGCGCAGGUCGGCGCCCGUCACCUCGCCGCGGUCGGCACGCUCGACGAUCCCGCCGGGCGUGAGCACGAAGUUCUUGAAGCUCAGCAGCGCCUGUGGCCUGGAGGUGGACCCAUGGCCGCGCACCGCGAGCUGGCAAGACAUCCCGCCGCCGGACAGCAUGCCCGUCACGUGGCCUGGGCUCCCGCGGCGCUCGCCCAGCAGGUGGUUCAGGGCCUCCCACUCGGCUCGCGCCUCCUCGAGGACCGUGAACCGCACGCGGUCGCCGAAGAGCUCCUCGAGGCACGCCGCGAAGAACUCCACCUGCCGCCAGCGCAGCAGGCCGGUCUCCAGCCCGUGGCGCACGCCCGCGGUCGCGCCGACGAGCACGCGCCCCUGCGGGAUCUUGUCCGCCAGCAGCCGAGCCAAGCUCCCGCGUGCGCC